CUCGGACUCAGAUUUAACUCUGAUCUUGCCUUCAGUUUACCGGGCUCCGGUUGAUUCGUGUAACAACAAGACACAGACUCUAGCUGGUCCGCGAAUAUGCAGGACCAAACACAGCCAUGCGUAUAUCUGUCCCCAGAUGAUGAGGAGCACGACGACGGCCUACCUCCCGAACCGUUACACCCCUCCCAGUGGCGCGACCUCCCUAGUGGGUACGUCCAGCGCAUGAAGGUCUACAAAACACUAUGGGCGAGGUGUCUCUCCCGCAUGCAGACACUUGUUCAUGCGAUACACGCCCCGGUGGCCUGCGAAGUUGCCCUCGAAAUCAAGUCAGCGUAUGAAGACCAGCUACCAGGUUUACCCUAUCACGAGAUUCCCGUGAUCGCACUCGCAGCGGAGCCAGGCAGCCCCAUCUAUGCUGAUGUAGUCUCUCAGCUUGAGAGCCCUUCAACGGUUCAGGGCCAAGAAAGACGCGAUCUGUUAAUUCACCUACACCCCUCUGAAUGUCCAAACCUGCUCUCGAUGAUGAGAGCGGUCGUCACCGGCUUCACGGCACAGUCUGGUACCGAAAGGAGAACGCGGUCCGCUGUCUCUCUUGCGAACUAUGAUUUCGCGCGCCUCCAAGCGUGGUAUCGCACCCUUGACAGCCACCCGAAUCUUGUCGUUUUCGUCCACGAUUUCGAGCAAUUCGAUGUCGGGGUGGUCCAAGACGCCCUGUAUAUCUGCAGCUUGCAUGUACCACGUGUUCCUUUGGUCUUCGUCCUGGGCCUUACCUCGCCCUCGACGCCGACGCACCUCCACAAAGCUUAUGCACGGUCGACGCUCGCGCUUCUCCGCAUCCGAGCGUUCACCGCACCCUCAGGCCAGUCCGUCACGGAGGAAGUGCUCGCCAGGACAUACUUCGAUCCCACUUUCGAACCGGACAUAAUGAUCGGCCCAGCGACUCUCGACUUCCUCCACGACUUCGCGUCGCGACACACGUCCUCGCUGGACGCGCUCUACACCGUUCUGCAGCUCGCCCACAUGAAACACUUCACCGAGCCGCUCACCGUACUCGCAGACGCGUCCUCCGACGCUCAUCCCUCGCUCACCGACGAAUCCGCCCGCCCGUUCGUCUCCGCGCUCGCACUACGCCUCCAGCGCUCCACCGACAGCGCCCCAGACGACCUGCUAGACGCGGUGCAGAGCGCGCGCGCGGCCUUCCACCGCAAGGCGCGCGAGCUGCGCGUCGCACUCGCCGCCGCGGAGGCCGCGCGCCGGAUCGGGCAGAUGGCGGGCGCACACUCCGUCGAGGAGGAGGACGCGCUCCAGUUCGCGCGUGCGGUGCUGCGAGGGCGCGUCGAGAAGGAGGUGCGGUACCUCGGGAUGGUCGUGAGGAAGCUACCGGCGGAACAGCUGGGGAUGCUCCUUGCGGAGCUGCUGGCGCUGUUCGAGCAGGUUGGUGCGGGCGGAGAUGGCUCGGAGGAAGGGACGCCGCACGCACAACUGCAGAACCUGUUUGCGCAGCUGCCGCGGAGCGAAGAAGGCGAGGAUGGCAACCCCGAUGCGGACGGCCCACCGCAAGAAGAUGGCGCUCCCGGCGUGCGCGAGCUCUCGGACGCCCUGGGAGGCUGGCUCGUCGACUUCCUCGAGCAGCGCUUCGUGAGGCUGGACGAAGGGCCCCUGUGGGACAUGUGGUACAUGGGGAACACGCCGUUCCCCGCAGAGCUCAUCAACCCCGCCCCGCGCCUCGCCGUCGUCUCCGCGCUCACGCACCCCUCCGACUUCGCGCGUGCGCACUGCGAGCUCCUCGAGCCCGCGCCCUCUCCCUCCGCGUCUCCGUCCCCCGCGGACCCGCUCGACCUCGACGGAGACGAGGAGGACGAGGGCGAGGAGGCGCUGUGGGAGCUCCCGGACGCGAGCAUCCUGUUCCGGCGGUACGUGGAGGCAGGCCGGAUGGUGAACGUGUACGACUGGUUCCAGUCGUUCGCGGUCGUGCUCGAGGGCCAGCGGCGGCGGCUCCGCAAGCGCGAGCGCGAGGCGGAGGGCGAGGACGAAGAGGAGAGCGAGGAGGAAGGUGCGAGCGCCGAGGAGGAGAGCGAGGAGUGGGUGGAGGAGGUGCAGGCGCGAUUCAUGCGCGCGCUGCAUACACUGGACUGGAUGGGCUUCGUCCGCCAUACGGGCAGGAAGGCGGACCAUAUCAUCCGCACGGUUUAUGACGUGCUCGAUUAGCUCAGUUCGAUAGCCGUCUUUGUCCAAUGUCCCAAUGGUCUGUCCGCGUCGGCUAGUAAUGUUCCAAGUGCCCUAUGCUACAUCCAGAUUACAGGUUAAAACAUAGACAAGUCAAUUGGAAUAGAGAGCUAUAGCAUGUCCUUCUCAACCGCGACCCCUCAGCCACUUCAGCUCACAAAAUCCACCCCACCAAUAGCAAUGCAGCCAACAGCGAUGCACUCCCAACCGAAACGCCUGCAACGCGGCGCGCAGCGCCAUUCGCAGACACGCCAGUUAUCGUCGUGGGCACCGCGUCGGGCGGACGCGAGCUC